UUUUACCAACACCUUCACCUGAACCUUCCUCCUUCUCCUUCCUCAGGCCAAGAAGCCAUCUCCUCUUCCUACUACUGUUACCCUCCUUACACCUCCGCUGCUGCCAUGACGAACAACAACAAGAGGGAUGCAGACGUCGACCCAACGGCGACGCCCCCUCCGCUGCCGCAGUCAAGAAUAAGGGCGGCGGCAAGGAAAGAUCGGCACAGCAAGAUAUGCACCGCCGGAGGUAUGAGGGACCGCCGGAUGCGUCUGUCCCUGGACGUGGCCCGCCGCUUCUUCUCCCUGCAGGACAAGCUGGGCUUCGACAAGGCCAGCAAGACGGUUCAAUGGCUCCUCGACAUGUCCACCGCCGGCAUCAACCACCUCCUUGCAGCCUCCGAAACCUCCAUGUCGGAGGACGGCUCAGGGUCGGUACUCCUGGACAGCGACGACCACAUCAUGGUCAUCGAUGCUGAAACAAACAACUGCAAGAUGCCCACCAAGGCAAGAAGAAGAGCUGGAAGGAAGAGCAACAAUGGCGCCCCUGCUCCUGUUCCGGACAAGGAGUCGAGGGCGAGGGCGAGGCAGAGGGCCAGAGAUAGGACCAUCCAGAGGAGCCGUCUCCGGUCAUCCACACUCUCCUCCGCCGAGGAAGCUCCAACACCAGCGGCCAUACAAGUGAUUCCUCCAGUAAUUCCACCAGAGAGCAGCAGCAGCUUUGGCAGCUACUACGAGGAGCAAGAGCCAUGGGAGCUGGGCGGAGUUGUCUUUGCCAAACCACGUUUCCACUAGUACUGAUGAAAAAGGUCACAUGCACGGUACUACUAGCAGCCAGCUAUGUUUCUUUCUCACUUCUUUCUUCAAUCGCGUGUUUCCAUUAACUGAUUUCAUUUCGAUCUCAUGUUCCUUUAAUUUUCCAGCAUCUUCAUCCAUAUCAGUUAUCGCAUGUACAUGUUCCUCUUUUAAUAGAUGCUGUUAUGUUUAAUUUCCCAGCAA